AUGUCGCCAUCCUAUACCUGGCCGCCGGCCUCGAUGGCCAAGGCCAUAAAUAGGCAUCCGGUGCUACGGCCAUUACAGAAAGUCAGAGGCCUUUUAAUUCUGAUUGCUCUUGUACUCGUCAUGGUUGCCCUUGCAUUAGGCCUUGGCCUUGGCCUCGGGUUGCACCACGGGAAAGGACAUGCGUCGGCCUAUUGCUCGGACUCGACAGGAAAAUACCAGCUCGAAAGUAUCACUGCUCCAGUCGAGGGCUACGGUGACCCGGGCCCUACUGCACACACGUGGAACCUCACUAUCGAUGACACUGUGUCGGGCUACAAGCAGAUCAUCAAGGGAUUCGGCGCCACGGUGACCGAUGCCACAGUUGCCUCGUUCAAUAACCAGACGAAUUCGACUCUGGACAAUCUGCUAAACUACCUGUUGACCGAUGACGGUGCCAAUUUCUCGUUGAUGAGACACACCAUCGGCUCGAGCGAUUUGUCGCCGGUUACGUACACAUAUGACGACAAUAAUGGAAAGGAGGACAAGAACCUUUCAGACUUUUCGUUGGGAGAUCAUGGGACAGCAAUGGCGAAGCUGCUGGCCCAAAUGAAAGAGGUCAACCCAGACAUGCAGGUAGUAGGCUCGUCGUGGAGCGCGCCUGGCUGGAUGAAGCUCAAUGGUAACCUUGCCCUGGAUUCCUCGAACAAUCAUCUUAACGAUGGAUGGUUCACCAGUGGAGGGGUUGGUAGUACAGGCUACAGUGACAGUUUUGCCCAGUACUUUGUCAAGUAUAUCCAAGCCUAUCAGGAUCUCGGUGUGGAAAUUGAUGCCAUCACCAUCCAGAACGAGCCGUUGAACACCCAGGCCGGGUAUCCGACUAUGUUUGUCUAUGCAAAUGAGUCUGCUCGUUUAAUUGGCGAUCAUGUUGGACCUGCUUUGAAAUCCGCUGGUCUGAACACCACGGUCUGGGCCUUUGAUGAUAACACUGACAACGCAUACUAUCCCCAAGCAGUACUUGACUACGCAGAAAAAUAUGUUCAAGCUGUUGCGUGGCAUUGUUAUGCCUCCCCAACCGAUUGGACUGUCUUGACCGACUUCCACGAACAAAACCCAAACACGGAACAGUACAUGACAGAAUGCUGGACCUCUGAAAGCCUCAACUGGACGCAUGCCGCACGGUUUACAAUGGGCCCGCUUCAAAACUGGGCCAACGGGGUGACUGCGUGGACACUGGGUGCAGACGAGGGCGCUGGUCCGCACCUCGGCUCAGGCGGUUGCGACUCUUGCGAUGGACUGGUAACGAUCAAUGAAUCAGCCCACUAUGACUUCAACAUUGCCUACUAUAUGAUGGCGCAGUUUAGCAAGUAUAUCCCGCCUGGGGCCAGGAUCUUGCAGGACAAUGGAAGCUAUACCGCGACCAACGGAAACGGUAUCCAGAGUGUCGCGAGUCUGAAUCCAAGCGGGUCGCGGACACUGGUCAUUGAGAAUACAUUUGGUCAUGAUGUAUUCGUCACGGCCGACUUCAUCAGCGGUGACACAUGGAGUGGAAAUGUGCCGUCCACCAGUGUUACCACCUGGGUGUUGCCAGGCCAGGGGCUGUUUCCAUUCUCUACGGAGAAUUAA